AUGGCUACCUUGAAUUCGAAAUCUCCCAGCUUUGCGCCAGUCGUGGGCGACGAACCACUACCGGGCUACCAGGAAGAAAUCGAUGAUGCAUCAUCACACCAAAGCGUGCCACCCGCGGUUCUUGUUCUCUCAGACCAUCAUAUUAUCCGUGAAGAUCCCGGAAACUCCAACCCGAAACCCCUCUACGAACUCAAUCGCGGCGUAGCGGUAAUCACGAAUGCCACCACGACGGUCACAUUUUCUCGCCUGGAUUAUUCGGUACAGGAUGUGGCGGGUGCCGAACCCUCCUUGAAAGUGCGCAAGAGGCAUCUCUACUCCCUGGAGCACAAUCGCACCGCAUCUCUGGGCCGCUACGUCCGGAAUGCCAAAUUUGCCGACGCUCCAUCCUUUUGGUGCAAAAGUGAAUCAAAGAAAACGCUGGGCGACUUGGGAUUGAAGAUUAAGAAGAAAUCUGGUUUCAUAAUCCAAGCAGUCAACAGGAGGGAUGGGCAGAACAGUGAUCCUUGCUUUGUGGAGAGCUCGCAGAGUCGCGACAACCCAGUGUCGUUCGGUAUCGAGUGGAGCAAAAAGUACAAUCGCCACGUGUGGACGGAUGCAUUAGGAUUACUGGUCGCUUUUGAGACCCUUGUUGAUGGCAAGCACCGACUGGACAUAAAGACCGAACUGCAGAGGCCCGCCUUGGAUACCUUGGUUGCACUGUGGUGUUUGAAGAUUUGGUGGGAGUCAGCCAAGAAGCACGCCGACGAGCAGCCGUCUGGUGGUUGGCAUGAAGGUAACUACCUAUGCAUUUCCGCCACUUGA